AUCCAAUUCUGUCCUCCCAAAAGUUUCAAUCUUUCCCACUUGCUCUCUUCUAUCUUCAGUCUUUUUGGCCUUUGUUUGAGUUGGAUACUUAGAAAUCUUGAUAGACAUGACGAUGAAGAAGAACCCGGAAUCGAAAUUGCCGCCGGGUUUUAGAUUUCAUCCGACCGAUGAGGAACUAAUCCUUCAUUACCUUAAAAAGAAACUCACUUCACUUCCUUUUCCUCUUUCGAUCAUUGCAGAUGUUGAUCUUUAUAAGUUUGAUCCGUGGGACUUACCAGAAAAAGCUGCGUUUGGAGAGAAAGAGUGGUAUUUUUUCAGUCCAAGAGAUAGGAAAUACCCUAAUGGAGCAAGGCCUAAUAGAUCAGCAGCUUCUGGGUAUUGGAAGGCAACCGGCACAGACAAGGUUAUAGUAGCAUCAGCUGCUGGCCGCAGCGGUGGCGGUGGCGGUGCUGUGCAAGAAAAUAUUGGAGUGAAGAAGGCUCUUGUGUUCUACAAGGGUAGACCUCCUAAAGGAAUCAAAACUAACUGGAUUAUGCAUGAAUAUCGCUUAGCUGAUGCUCCAACUUACAAUCACAAGCCCAAAAAUUCAACCACUACAAUGAGGCUAGAUGAUUGGGUUCUUUGCCGGAUUUACAAGAAAACACAAGCUCCACCUCCGGCGGCAGCUCCGGAAACUAGUGAUCAUGAUCAAGAAGAAGAGGAAGAAGAAGAUCAAUUUGUCAAAGAAAAUGUUUUAAAAACCUUGAAAAAUCCCAUAACCAACAAUUACCCUCUCAUGCCUCAAAAAUCAUAUUCUUUCUCAAACCUACUAGAUGCCAUGGAUUACAAUAUACUCAGUAAUUUCCUAUCAGACAAUAACCAAUUCAACUCAACUGAGUAUAAUUCACUCAACACUACUACUGCAAUGCUAAACAACUCUAACCCUAACCCUAAUACUAGCAGCAGUAGCAGUUACUUGCUUCACAAGUUACCAGAUCAGUUGAAUUCGGAUACUCCAUUAAUGCCAAACAUGGAAAAUAAGCUCAAGCGUCCAUUAUCCACCAUUGAUGAAGAUAUCAAUAACUAUCAGCCGUUCAAGAGAUUCAACAAUUCUUACAAUUUUAGUAAUACCACAACCCAAAUUACUGAUCAUCAAUACAAUUUCCUGAACCAGCCGUUCUUGAACCAGCAACUAGUUUUAAACCCUAAUCUUCAGUUCCAGGAUAAAUUAUUGCAUCAUUAAGAAUACAUUUCUUGUGUAUAGAACAUAAAAAAAUUGAGCUGCUUGAAAUGGAUAAUAUGGUAUAUGUCAAAAAGAUUAUACCAUUUGAUAAUAGUCAAAAGAAAAUUAGAAAAAGAAAACAAAAAUUAGGGUUGAUUGUAUAUGUGGAAUCAUCAUAUAUAUGUGUAGACAUGAUUUUUGUAGAAAUUUAAUAUGUGUAAAAUAAUAAAUUUGAAAUGAAAAAUCAGAUUCACAGUUUA